AUCGCGCGGGCGGGCGGGGUCGGACGGUUUGAACGAGACGAAGACGGAACCGGAGCCGGACACGGGCAGUGGACGGGGUUCCGUCGAGAGCCGAAGAUGGCAGUGAAUGUAUAUUCAACAUCAGUCACCAGCGAUAACCUAAGUCGACAUGACAUGCUGGCCUGGAUUAAUGAGUCACUGCAGCUGAAUCUGACAAAGAUCGAACAGUUGUGCUCAGGGGCUGCCUAUUGCCAGUUUAUGGACAUGCUGUUCCCUGGCUCCAUUGCCUUGAAGAAAGUGAAAUUCCAAGCUAAACUAGAACAUGAAUACAUCCAGAACUUCAAAAUACUGCAAGCAGGUUUUAAGAGAAUGGGUGUUGACAAAAUAAUUCCUGUGGACAAAUUAGUAAAAGGAAAAUUUCAGGACAAUUUUGAAUUCGUUCAGUGGUUUAAGAAGUUUUUUGAUGCAAACUAUGAUGGAAAAGACUAUGACCCUGUAGCUGCCAGACAAGGUCAAGAAACUGCAGUGGCUCCCUCCCUUGUUGCUCCAGCUCUGAACAAACCGAAGAAACCUCUCAGCUCUAGCAGUGCAGCUCCACAGAGGCCCAUGGCAACACACAGAACUACUGCAACCCCUAAGGCUGGCCCAGGUGUGGUGCGGAAGAAUCCUGGUGUGGGCAACGGGGAUGAUGAAGCAGCUGAACUGAUGCAGCAGGUCAAUGUAUUGAAACUUACCGUCGAAGACUUGGAGAAAGAAAGAGACUUCUACUUUGGAAAGCUAAGGAACAUUGAAUUGAUUUGCCAGGAGAAUGAAGGGGAAAAUAACCCUGUAUUACAGAGGAUUGUGGACAUUCUCUAUGCCACAGAUGAAGGUUUUGUGAUACCUGAUGAAGGGGGACCACAGGAGGAACAAGAAGAGUAUUAAAAGCCUGGACCAGCAGAGCAGCAUCUGAAUUCUUCACUCCAAAUCAUGUGCUUAACUGUAAAAUACUCCCUUUUAUUAUUCUUAGAGGACUCACUGGUUUCUUUUUCAUAAGCAAAAAGUACCUCUUCUUAAAGUGCACUUUGCAGAAGUUUCACUCCUUUUCCAAUAAGUUUGAGUUAGGAGCUUUUACCUUGUAGCAGAGCAGUAUUAACAUCUAGUGGGUUCACCUGGGAAACAAAGAGGCCGACCAUGGGCUCACCAUGUGGAUGCUGGUAACACUGAUUGCUGGAGAGGAUGUUUUUAUGCGAUAACGCUGACGUUUUUAUGUGAUACGCGGAGGUAAAGACUGAUUUGAAUUUUAAGCUAAUGUGAAAUCUCGGCAGAGAACGUUUUAAUAAAUAAAUAAAUGCCUUAAGAGUAUUUAAGAUAUGCUUCCAUGUUUCAAAAUAUGAAAUGUAACCUUACCGGAGAGUUUGUGUGUUGCCCUUGUGUCUGGGAAAGAAGGACCAGACCUUGGAACUUUGGAAUCUGCUGUUCACAGGCCUUGCAGGGCUGCCUGAAUCUUCAUAGGCCUAACCUUGGCCCAGAAGGAAAGUUUAAAAAGUUGCUUUGUAAAGCCGUUUGGUGUCCUUGACCAAUUGCAUCUCUGCUAAGAAGCAAGAGGCAUUGUUAGCUGAAUGAAUAGAGGGUGUGUUUCAACCCUGAAAUGUUUGAGUUGAAUAGCUUGAUUUGCAUUGAGCAUUUCUCUGACGAUUUUUCCAAUUACCCUUGAAAUUUCUAUGUAUAGUGUUUUUUGGGAAAUGAGGUGUGUUCAGUUUUUAAAUCUAACAACUGCUUUUGGGGACUUGCCCACAUCUCUGGGAUUUGAAUGGGGGUUGUGUCCCAUUUUACUGUCUUUUAAGUUUAUAUUUAACAUAUUCCUCUGUUUCCCUUGCCCACUGGGGACUCCUUUUUGGCUCCUUAAAGUUUGCUGCUUAGAGUGAAAGUUCAGCCGGCAGGUGAUCCUGCUGCAAGUUCUUUUUGGACCUCUGACAAAGGGAGUGAUCAGUGAAGGCCAUUGCUACCUUGGGAUCUGCAAGGCUGGGUGUUUUUGGUACCUGCUGUCUACAGCCCUCCACUGUUAACAGAAUACUUUGCCAGUGCACUAAUCUCUUUGGAGAUAAAAUUCGUUAGCGUGUUAUUAAAUGUUACUUUUUUUUUUUUGCAGAAAAUACAGUACCAUGUCUGAAUUAAUUAUUAAUAUUUAAAAUAUUUCAUUCCUUAACACUUCCUCAUUUGCUUUGCUGAUGGCCUAUUCAGUUCCUUUGUUUGGCAGAAUUCUGCAAACUGUAUGUCACCCACUACUGAGAUUGUUCAGCCCCUGAUGUAUUUGUAUUGAUUUGUUUCUGGUGGUAGUUUGUCCUAAAAUGUGUGUAGAAAGCAGGUGUUUUAUGAUAAAUUGUUGUGUAGUGCAUGCUCUGUGUGGAAUUCAGAGGAAAACCCAGAUUCAUUGAUUAACAAUGCCAAAAAUGCAAGUAACUAGCCAUUGUUCAAAUAACAGUGGUGCUAUUUCUCUUUUGUGGCCUUUUAGACUUUUGUUGCCCUAAAAUUCCAUUUUAUUGGGAACCCAUUUUCCACCUGGUCUUUCCUGACAGGGUUUUUUUCUACUUUUAAACAGUUUCUAAAUAAAAUUCUGUAUUUCAAGAGUGUCACGUCUUUUGCAAUUUGUCUUGCCCUGGGUAUGUUCUUUUAGGUUCAAAUGAUAAGGUACUGAUGCUUCUUUCUUAAAUUAGGACUGAUCUUUCUAAAAUCCUUCACUGUUUUUUCAAAUGUGCUAAUUUCUAAGCCUGUUCCGUUUUUCCCCUUUAUUCAUAUUACAUUUCUCAGCCUCAUGCUGUUUUAUAUUUUCAUACUACUGUGAGCAGUGGUUCAGAAGUCCAGGGCUUGGCCUCGCUCCUGGGAUGCCUUUUUAGUCUGUUUCCUCCUCAGAUAUACAUCCGGACAAUGAGGAGAUACUUUUUUUUUCUUUCUUGAAAGUAUUUUCAAAGGCAGUGAACACAAUCUU